AUGACGGGUCCUUCCCCGUACGAGCCACUUGCAGGUCACGAAUCGGGGGUAGACUUCGAUGGCUCUAACAAAGAGCAACCCGGUCUAUCCGAAAGACGUUCAUGGCGACUGAUAUACUGGGCAUUUGCGGCGUCGAUUCUUUGUAUGGCUGGGAACAUCAGCAUCAUGUCGCUCAAGUCCCGGACCGGAGCAACCGCCAAAACUGAUGCACUACAACUUCAGUUCGCCAGCACUUACAUGGGCUUGGACCGAGCUCUCCUCCAUUCAACUGCGUCCUCAUCUCUGCCUGACAUCGUAAACUUCCCUCUCGCGUUCGGCGUUGUUGACUCGGCUUCUCCCAACAAAGUCUCGAUCGAAACCUCACAUCGUGUGACGUCCUUUGGCACUCACUUUCCUGAGGAUCGUAUAGUGUCUCUCUCCGUUACGGCGACAACGUUCGUACAGUUCUGGGCCGGUGACUUUGGAAUGGAACGAUGUACCCUCGAGCUGGCAUUACGCGCACCCGAUGCUUCAGAUGGCGCGCUUCAACUUUCGGACCUUCCUCUCCGCGUUGAAGUGUAUACGUUGCAGGAGCCUCGUGUUAUGGGACUCCACGACUUGUCAUACAAUGCGCGCCCGCGGCGUGCUGGCAUCUUCACGACCUGGGACGUGCGCGACCUCAAUAUGACUCAUGAGUCUCCCGAGUUCGCAUGUUCAUCGGGGACUAUACACACAUUUGAGCUGGCCUGCGGCGGACAAGACUGCUCACUUCGCCUCACGCAGAGUCCCACUCGGAAGGACUUCGGUGUUUGGCUGAUCCAACAUUCGUCCCUGUGA